AUGGCAAAAGCCUAUGAUAGAGUAUCUUGGUCAUAUUUGAUAAAGGCCAAAGGAUAUUUCCAUUCAACCAGGGGUGUCAAACAAGGUGAUCCACUUUCACCUGCACUGUUCAUCUUAUCAGUAGAGGUGUUAUCAAGAGCUCUAAAUUUAGAAUUUGACAAUGCUGAGUAUGUGGGCUAUGAUGAUACUAUAAUAUUUGCAUCUGCAGAAGGCGAGUCAUUGAAAAGAAUUAUGAAGAUACUGCAGGAUUAUGAGGCAAUUUCAGGUCACCUGAUCAAUAAAGGCAAGAGUGCCUUUUAUAUGCAUCACAAGAUUUCUGGUGCACUGUGUCAGCAGGUGGAGCAGAUUACAGGCUUUAAAAGGGAUCAAUUUCCAUUAAAAUACUUGGGAUGCCCUAUAUUUCAUUCAAGGAGGAAAAAGGUAUAUUACAAUGACCUUAUCAAGAAAGUGAAAAACAAGCUGCAAAAUUGGCAAGGAAAAUUGCUCUCUCUUGGUGGAAAAGCAGUUCUUAUCAAUAGUGUGCUUCAGACCUUCAUGUGGAAUAAAUAUUGCAAGAAGAAGAAGCCUACAGAAGUGCAGUGGAAAGAUGGAUCACAAGUGUGGAAAAGAAUGAUAGAAACAAGGGAUCAGGUGGAUCAACAGAUAUGGUGGGACCCUAUAAAUGGAGUAUGUGAUGUAUGGGAAGAUAAUUGGACUAAACUUGGCUCACUCAAACAGGUAAUACCACCAAAUUUUCAGAUAGACACCAGUAUUGAAGAAGUAUCACACUUUAUGAUUGCAGAAGGCUGGGAUGUACAGAAAUUGCAUAGCAAACUGCCAAGAAAAAGGCUCAAACAUCAGCUCACUUUUCAAAAUUGUGGUUCAAAGGAGUUCCAUUCAAAAUAUCAUUCUUCCUUUGGAGAUUGUGGAAGUUCAAAAUACCAGUGGAAGAUCAGAAAUUUGGCAAAUUACAAUGCUGAUGUGGGGAUAAUUGGUCUAAGGAUUCAGAUUUAUCAGACAAUAGUGCAAUGGUGGUAUAUGCAAGGUCCUACAAAACUCAAGUCAGUUAUGCAGGCUGCACCAGCAUUCAUAUGCUGGCAAUUAUGGAAGAGAAGAAAUACUAUCAUGCAUGGGGAUAAGAUGAAUAAAAUAAAGGUGAUAAAUGGGAUCAACUAUAGGGCCUCUAGGGGUAAUCCAGGGUUGAGUUCAGCUUCUUUCUGCAUUAGAGAUGAGGUUGGAAACCUGAUAUAUGCUGAAUCUAUAGCUAUAUUGGAUGGAAUUGAGUUCUGUAUUAAAAAUGAUCUGGUGCCUGUAAUGAUUGAAUCAGAUUCUCUGUCCAUGAUAAACAUUAUUCAAGGAAUAUGGGAGAUUCCUUGGAAAAUCAGUAUGGAAGUUAAUAAGAUCAACUUUUGGAGGAACAAGGGACAAGUGCAGUUUGCUCAUAUCCUUAGGGAAGGUACAGUUCAUUUUCAUUCAUUUGUUGAUUUGCCAACAGGUUUAAAGAAGAUCCUCAAUACUGAUAAGAUGAUGAUGCCUAAUUUCAGAAGCAAGAUCUACAGAAAUAGAGAACCAGACUGA